AUGCUGGGGCCUACUGACCGGCAUAGGCGGAGCACUCAGACCCAUAACUGACCCCAGGGCCAGCUGGUCCUGGCUGGCCUGGGUCAGCCUCUGGAGUAUGGUCUGGCUGGAGCCCCCUUUCCUGCUCCCCAUUCUCUUCCUGGCUUCUCAUGUUGGCGCAGUUGUGGACUUGACGCUGCUGGCCAACCUGCGGCUCACGGACCCUCAGCGUUUCUUCCUGACCUGUGUGUCGGGGGAGGCGGGGGCAGGGAGGGGCUCGGAUGCCUGGGGCCCGCCCCUGCUGCUGGAGAAGGACGACCGCAUCGUGCGCACCCUCCCACCCGGACAGCCUCUGCACCUGGCGCGCAAUGGCUCACACCAGGUCACGCUGCGCGGCUUCUCCAAACCUUCGGACCUCGUGGGCGUCUUCUCCUGCGUGGGCGGUGCUGGGGCGCGGCGCACUCGUGUCAUCUAUGUGCACAACAGCCCCGGGGCCCACCUGCUCCCAGACAAGGUCACGCACACAGUAAACAAGGGCGACACAGCUGUGCUUUCUGCACGUGUGCACAAGGAGAAGCAGACCGAUGUGAUCUGGAAGAGCAAUGGAUCCUACUUCCAUACCUUGGACCGGCAUGAGGCCCGGGAUGGACAGUUCCUGAUGCAGCUCCCAAACGUGCAGCCACCAUCAAGCGGCAUUUACAGUGCCACCUACCUCGAAGCCAGCCCCCUGGGAAGCGCCUUCUUUCGACUCAUCGUGCGGGGCUGUGAGGCUGGGCACUGGGGGCCAGGCUGUGCCAAGGAAUGCCCGGGCUGCCUACAUGGAGGUGUCUGCCAUGACCAUGACGGCGAAUGUGUGUGUCCCCCUGGAUUCACGGGUACUCGCUGUGAGCAGGCUUGCAGAGAGGGCCGUUUUGGGCAGAGCUGCCAGGAACAGUGCCCAGGCACAUCAGGCUGUCGGGGCCUCACUUUCUGCCUCCCAGACCCCUAUGGCUGCUCUUGUGGAUCUGGUUGGAAAGGAAACCAGUGCCAGGAAGCCUGUGCCCCUGGUCAUUUUGGGGCUGACUGCCGCCUCCAGUGCCAGUGUCAGAAUGGUGGCACAUGUGACCGGUUCAGUGGCUGUGUCUGCCCCUCUGGGUGGCAUGGAGUCCACUGUGAGAAAUCAGACCGGAUCCCCCAGAUCCUCAAUAUGGCCUCAGAACUGGAAUUCAACUUGGAGACGAUGCCCCGGAUCAACUGUGCAGCGGCAGGGAACCCCUUCCCAGUAAGGGGUAGCAUGGAGCUUCGCAAGCCAGAUGGCACUGUACUCCUGUCCACCAAAGCCAUUGUAGAACCAGACAGGACCACAGCUGAGUUCGAGGUACCCCACUUGGCCCUUGGGGACAGCGGGUUCUGGGAAUGUCGUGUGUCCACAUCUGGUGGCCAAGACAGCCGGCGUUUUAAGGUCAAUGUCAAAGUGCCCCCAGUGCCCCUGACUGCACCUCGGCUCCUGGCCAAGCAGAGCCGCAAGCUUGUGAUCUCCCCACUGGUCUCGUACUCUGGGGAUGGACCCAUCUCCUCUGUCCGCCUGUACUACCGGCCCCAGGACAGCACCAUGCACUGGUCCACCAUUGUGGUGGACCCCAGCGAGAAUGUGACAUUAAUGAAUCUGAAGCCAAAGACAAGAUACAGUGUCCGUGUUCAGCUGAGCCGUCCAGGGGAAGGUGGAGAGGGGACCUGGGGACCUACCACCCUCAUGACCACAGACUGUCCCGAGCCCUUGUUGCAGCCAUGGCUAGAGGACUGGCAUGUGGAAGGCCCUGACCGGCUUCGAGUGAGCUGGUCCUUACCCUCGGUGCCUGGGCCACUGGUGGGUGAUGGUUUCCUGCUACGACUGUGGGAUGGGGCACGGGGACAGGAGCGGCGGGAGAACGUCUCAUCCCCCCAGGCCCGCACUGCCCUCCUGACUGGACUCACGCCUGGCACCCACUACCAGCUGGAUGUGCGGCUCUAUCACUGCACCCUCCUUGGCCCUGCAUCGCCCCCUGCAUACGUGCUUCUGCCUCUCAGUGGGCCUCCAGCCCCCCGACAUCUCCAUGCCCAGGCCCUCUCAGACUCUGAGAUCCGGCUAACGUGGCAGCGUCCAGAGGCUCCGUCUGGGCCUAUAUCCAAGUACAUCGUGGAGGUGCAGGUGGCUGGAGGCUCAGGAGACCCACUGUGGAUGGACGUGGACAGGCCUGAGGAGACAAAUACCAUCGUCCGUGGCCUCAAUGCCAGCACGCGCUACCUCUUUCGUGUGCGGGCCAGCGUUCAAGGUCUUGGUGACUGGAGCAACAUGGUAGAAGAAGCUACUCUUGGCAACGGGCUACAGGGUGAAGGCCCAGUCCAAGAGAGCCGGGCAGCUGAAGAGGGCCUGGAUCAGCAGCUGGUCCUGGCUGUGGUGGGCUCCAUCUCUGCCACCUGCCUCACCACCCUGGCUGCCCUCUUAGCCUUGGUGUGCAUCCGCAGGAGCUGCGUGCGUCGGAGGCGCACCUUCACCUACCAGUCAGGCUCGGGUGAAGAAACCAUCCUGCAGUUCAGCUCUGGGACCUUGACGUUAACCCGGCGGCCAAAACCACAGCCCGAGCCCCUGAAUUAUCCCGUGCUGGAGUGGGAGGACAUCACCUUUGAGGACCUCAUUGGAGAGGGGAACUUUGGCCAAGUCAUCCGGGCCAUGAUCAAGAAGGAUGGGCUCAAGAUGAAUGCAGCCAUCAAGAUGCUAAAAGAGUAUGCUUCCGAAAAUGACCAUCGUGACUUUGCUGGAGAACUGGAAGUCCUGUGCAAACUGGGGCAUCACCCUAACAUCAUCAACCUCCUGGGGGCCUGUGAGAACCGAGGUUACUUGUAUAUCGCCAUUGAAUAUGCCCCCUAUGGGAACCUACUAGAUUUCCUGCGGAAGAGCCGCGUUCUAGAGACUGACCCAGCUUUUGCCCGAGAACAUGGAACAGCCUCCACCCUCAGCUCCCGGCAGCUGCUGCGUUUUGCCAGCGAUGCUGCCAAUGGGAUGCAGUACCUGAGCGAGAAGCAGUUCAUCCACAGGGACCUGGCCGCCCGAAAUGUGCUGGUUGGAGAGAACCUGGCCUCCAAAAUCGCAGACUUUGGCCUUUCUCGGGGGGAGGAAGUGUAUGUGAAGAAGACGAUGGGGCGUCUCCCCGUGCGCUGGAUGGCCAUCGAGUCUCUGAACUACAGCGUCUAUACCACCAAGAGUGACGUUUGGUCCUUUGGAGUCCUCCUCUGGGAGAUAGUGAGCCUCGGAGGCACACCCUACUGCGGCAUGACCUGCGCCGAGCUCUACGAGAAGCUGCCUCAGGGCUACCGAAUGGAGCAGCCUCGAAACUGUGAUGAUGAAGUGUACGAGCUGAUGCGCCAGUGCUGGCGGGACCGUCCCCAUGAGCGCCCGCCCUUUGCCCAGAUAGCUCUGCAGCUGGGCCGCAUGCUGGAAGCCAGGAAGGCCUACGUGAACAUGUCGCUGUUUGAGAAUUUCACUUAUGCGGGCAUUGACGCCACAGCUGAGGAGGCCUGAGCCGCGGACACACCAGAACUUGGCUCUGCUGGCCGGAGCAAACUCUGCUUCCCAACCUGCGACUCCUGACCCUUCUAGCCUCUCACCUGAGCCACCCCAAGGAAUUUUUUUUUUUUUUUUUUUUUUUUUAACUUAAGAGGGGAAAGAGGGAAUGGAGGUGGUGGGCCUAGGGGGAUGGGGCCCCAUCCUUCGCAGCUCUGAUGGCUACCCUUCACAUCCUUCCUUUUCUUCAGCUGCUUCACAUAUAUGCUCUGCUGCUCCCCCGCUCAAGCCCCGCCUCCAGCUCCUCCACCAAGCCAGCACCCACUCCACUCGCACGCCCUGGUCAGCUACUCCCCUACCCGCUGCCUUUUUACUCGGAAGAAAUAAAUGCUCUGAGAAACGCCA